CGGCGCUCAUCUUAAAUCCACAUUGAGCGGCGGCGGUAACGCGCAAGGGAGAUACCCGCGAUACAGACGCAAUGUCAAAAUCGUUUUUGUUUUGGGUUUUCCUUGUCAACAACAUUGCUAAUGAACAACGCGAGUCGAAGUGGUUUUGAUCAAAAAUCGACAUAAUAACAAAAUUACGGUAAGAUAUUUCAUAAAAGUUCGUGAUAAAGUGCUCUAUAAGUAUUAUUUCCAAAAUUUCACCAGCUUUACCAGCACAUCGUACGUUAUAGCCUCCAGUGUGACAUGGUUGGAAUCCGUGAAAACGUUUUUGGUCAACAUGCAUCCGUAAACACGGUUUACCACUGCCUUUACGGGUAUUAUUACUUGGGAAUCAGGAAGUGUGCAUUAGCUAAAAUUUAUGCCAAGCACCACACCACGAUCUCCCAAUGGAUUCGCCGGUACGAGGAAAAUAAGUAUUUCGGACGGAAAGAAAGGGCAAAAGUCUACCUGCAGUUUGGAGCCAAAGAACGAUCCUGGAUAGUAGAUCUGUACAAAAAUUGCCCUAUUCUGUACCUGAACGAAACUAAAGAGCAGUUUGAGAGGACAUUUCACAAGGCCAUCAGCACCGCAUCUAUCAACAGAAUCCUUCACUCAGAAGGUUAUAGCUGGAAGGUCUUGGAGCGAAGGGCAAUCCAACUGCGGCAACAAGAUAUUUACCGGUUUCAUUCCGAUAUGAGCACCGUAAGUUGGGACAUCCAUAACCUAGUAUUUUUGGACGAAGUAUCCUUUGAUAGUCGAGGAAUGCUCCGGAACAAAGGUUAUGCCCCUGUAGGAGAUAGGCUGGUAUACCGUGGGGAAUUCAUAAGGCGUCCUAGAUGCUCAAUGUUGAGUUUUUUGGGAAGCAAUGGCAUUAUUGAAACUUUUUCUACCGAAGGUACUUUUACUAGAAAAGUAUUUUUUGAUUGCGUUCGUUCAUUUGCCCUAAGCGGAGUGGUAAAACGUCACCCUGGUCAGUAUAGUACUUGGGUGAUGGAUGGAGCACGUAUCCAUUGUCACAAGGCAAUUGUAGAGUAUUUACGAUCGUUAGGUAUCAAUGUCAUAUUUUUACCUGCAUACGCUCCGUUUUAUAACCCUAUCGAGUACGUUUUUGGGUACCUAAAACGAUAUCUGAAGAAGACAUAUAUUGAAAACAGCUCCAAAGAUUUGACUAUUACCAUUUGUGAGGCAUUGGCGCAUUUCAAAGACUAUGAUUGCUCGAAAAUUUUCAAAAAGUGUGGAUACCUUCCUGGGGGAAGUUUCGAUCCCAGUAUUGGUUUGGGCCAAGAUAUGAAAACGUUUGGGUUCAAAAUGUGAAUCAACC